CGCUGAGCUCGCAGUCGUCACGCGGUUCAAUCUUAACGAAACGAAAGGAAAGCAUUUUAACAAUCCUUGCGGCUCUCUUCUCCAACAAGAGCUACCAUCAGGGCAACACCCGAAGCAAAAAGUCCCCCGCGUCCGACGUGCUCGCGUUUCUUCAACAAAUCGCAAAGGGCCCAAUCAGCUGUGGUUUCUUCCCGAUCAGGAAUAAACUCCAUCGCCGUUUAAACAACCAAAUUCAAAAACUUCAGCUAUCAACUUAUUUCUACCACCGAUUGCCCCCCAACCCCAAUCGACCAGCCGCCACAUACCGAAAGCGCCAAAGCGACGACUCGUUUUAGCGACCGCCAUAGAAAAUCAAUCCUUGUUUGCGACCGCCGCCCAACGGUUGCCUCCAAAUACGCACGCGAACAGCCCCGAACAGCUUCGCGCUGCUUCCUUUUUGAACCCCUCCGCCCUCGUCUCGCGUUUUUUUGCAAUCGCGGGAAUUCGUCGCAUCGGUCGGCGUCCUCGAAAAUCAUGGAUGACAAGGAGCUUCAGCGCUCCAUCAAGGAGCUCGUCAAGGCCGUCGGAAAUGAGCCUCAGGAGACCAUCAUUCGUAUGCUAGAGAACCUGAAGAAAGCGACGCCAUCUGAGGACAGUCUGAGGGCGACCAAAGCAGGCGUGGUGGUGGGCAAACUACGAUCAAAUUCAGACAAGAGCAUCGCGCGUGUCGCUGCAGAGGUGGUCACCAAAUGGAAGAAGUCGGUCGAGGCGGAGAAGCGGAAACGGGCAGGGGGUCCGGCCGGCGCCUCGUCGCCCGCGGCUGCGUCGUCACCGACCAGCAUGAACGCGCCCUCGCCGGCCGCGGCAUCCAGGCCGUCGGGUAGCAGCAACGGCAGCAAGCCGUGGACGGGCGAUGCCUCCAAGCGACGCUGGGAUGCGGACAAGGUGGACAAGAACCGUACUGGUAACACGACGCGGGACAAUAUCAUUGGCUUGAUAUACAACGGGCUGGCGUUCAAGUCGUACGCGCCCAUCGACGCGAUCCUUGCCAAGUCAGUCGAGAUCGAGCAGGCCGCUUUCGUGGCCUACAAGGGCGACACGGCCGAGUACAGGAGCAAGAUGCGGUCGCUCUUUUCCAACCUCAAGUCCAACCGGGACUUGGCCAAGGGCGUCUUCUCGGGCACUAUCGCCGCCUCCAAGUUCGUCGUCAUGACGUCGGACGAGCUCAAGUCGGCUGACCUGCGCAAGCAGGAGGAGGAGCUAGCCAAGGAGAACAUGAAGAAGGCACAGGUGCCCAUGGCCGAAAGGUCUAUCAGCGACGCGCUCGAGUGCAGCAAGUGCAAGCAGAAGAAGGUCAGCUACACGCAGGCGCAGACCAGGAGUGCUGAUGAGCCUAUGACGACAUUUUGCGAAUGCACCGUGUGUGGAAAUCGGUGGAAGUUCUCUUGAGGCUGCCCACUUGCCACGCGGAGGAGGCAUGGCGCCAGUCCGCAUCGUUGUUUACUAGCUAUGGGACUUGUAGAGGGUCCCCGAUACCCCGACUUGGAGGAUAGGUGAAAGUGCUCUCACGUUUUGUUGAACAGCAAAGAUGGCACCUUGACUCUGACAAGCAAGUAAUAACAAAAAGAUUGGUUGCGUGUCUAAUUCAUGUUUGCUUUUAUAAACUCCAACCGGUUGUUUUCCUCAUGGUUGCAACCAGGUAUAGAAAUCAUGCAGCAUCGGAUUAUAUCGAGGCCAAUUGGGUUGGGUGACAACAAGAAAAAAAAAAUAAAGAAGAAAAAAAAAUAGCAAGGUGUUAAGAGUACUUGUUUUAACGUUUUUAUUUACUAUUAUAAUUUCUUCCUUUUUCUUUUCAAGGUUAUGGGGAUGGUGGGAAGGUUCCGGCGCAUGAUGCAUUUUAGAUCUGGCUUUGUCCCUUUACUGAGCGUCUUAUAUCCAGCUGGCCAAGUACCUUCUUUGCUUGCCAACAAAAAUGACGUAACCAGAUUUGCCUUAUUAUUGACAAGAUCAACUUUUUUUUUUUUUUUUUUUUUUUUUUCCGGAUUGGCUAUUAUU